UAUUCACAUCCCGAUAUGUCUGGAGAUUAUGUAUGUAUAAUAUAUAUGACUUUGAACCAGCUAUCUUCCUAGGAAUAUGUUGCUCUUUUGUUACAACUGCAUGCAAAAGCCCCAACUAGUUUCACUCUUUUUAUAACAUUGCAAUAAUAUUUUCUGCAUUCACAAUCAGUACUACAUUCAUAACUAUGCUCCUCCUCUUUGUAAUAUUUUUGCUACCAUACCCACCCUACACAAUGGCUGCAAUGCAAUGUGGAGAUUGCGGCCAAACCAAGGUCCCUUACCCUCUUAGCACCAGCCCUGGCUGCGGGAACCAAGCACACAAGGUCAGGUGCACCGCAGGCACAUUGUGGCUUGAUGCACUAAAUGGCUCAUCCUAUAUGAUCACAUCUAUUAACCCUCGGGGUCAAUCAAUGAUUAUUCGACCAGCACCACUCAUCCCGAAUACAUGUUUAAGCACUGAUCUCAUUCACCAGGGUAUUCAGCUCGAUCCGCUGGGAGCAUUCAACACUACAAGUAGUAAUACAAUCUUACUACUAAACUGCACUGACAAUAUGUUGCAUUUACAAGCACCAAUAAAUUGUACAUCAACUAGUAUCUGCCACACCUACAUAAAGUACACAAAAUUUGCAACCCCUUGCACCGGGUCGCCCAUAUGUUGUGAUUUUCGAACAGGGGGUUCGCAAACUGCUUAUGUGAUAAGAAUUCAUGAGCAAGGAUGCCUGGCUUACCAGAGUUUUGUUAAUUUGGAUCCAACUUUACCAGUUGCAAAGUGGCCUGAGCCAGGGGUGGAGGUCGAGUGGGCAUCACCACAAGAGCCGGUUUGCAGUUCUCCAGCAGACUGUCGGAUUCUGCUCAACUCCAAGUGCCAACUAAACCAGGGGAAUGGUGGACAAAAAAGAUGCUUCUGUAAUGCCGGUCGUCUAUGGGACCCAGUUUAUGGUCGUUGUAAAAAGUGCAAUGAAAAGAGUUGCAAAGUUCAUAAAAGCCCAAUGCCUGGUAUUGUAGGCGCAUUAGGUUCUGUCCUCCUAUUAAUCUUAGGCGGCAUUCUUGUAUACAAACGUCUUCGUCAUGUGAAGCGCAAGGCGCGAAAAAAUUUAGUCAAGGAACGCCAAGAGAUCUUAAAUGCAAACAGCAAUGGAAAGGCCGCAAAGAUCUACAAUGACAAAGAACUACGAAAAGCAACAAACAACUAUUCUAAAGAGAACCUUCUUGGAACCGGUGGCUUUGGUGAAGUCUUCAAGGGUAUUCUAGAAGACGGGACCAUCAUAGCUGUUAAACGUGCAAAGCCUGGGAAUACCAAAGGUGUGGAUCAAGUCCUCAAUGAGGUUCGAAUCCUUUGUCAAGUCAACCACAAAAGUCUAGUACGACUCCUUGGAUGUUGUGUUGAGCUUGAGCAGCCACUCUUAAUCUACGAGUACAUAUCAAAUGGUACACUUUUUGAGCACCUCCAUGGAUUCCGCCUACGCAAAUUGGAACCUCUUAGCUGGCAGAGACGGCUCACCAUUGCUCACCAAACUGCAGAAGGUCUUUCAUAUCUCCACUCCUCUGCCGUGCAGCCUAUUUACCACCGUGAUGUAAAAUCAAGCAACAUUUUACUUGAUGAGAAACUGGAUGCAAAAGUUUCUGAUUUUGGGCUAUCUAGGCUGGUAGAGACAAGUGAGAGUGAUUGCAGUCAUAUCUACACGUCUGCUCAAGGAACCUUGGGAUAUCUUGACCCGGAAUACUACCUAAACCUUCAACUGACGGAUAGGAGUGAUGUUUAUAGCUUUGGGGUUGUCUUGUUGGAGCUUCUGACUUCCAACAAGGCCAUAGAUUUCAACAGAGAAGAAGACAACAUAAACUUGGUUGUUUACAUGAAGAAGAUAAUGUAUGAAGAAAGACUUGUGGAUGUUAUUGAUCCAGCACUUACAACUGGAGCUACGAAGGUAGAGCUAGAGACUAUGAAGGCACUCGGAGAUUUGGCAGCUGCGUGUUUGGAUGAACGCAGGCAGAAUCGGCCUUCAAUGAAAGAAGUAGCUGAAGAGAUCGAGUAUAUUAUCAGUAUCGUUUUAGGUGAGGCUCCUAAGACAUAGUUAUGUUGUAACCUCAAACCACAAUAAUAUUACCGUGGCCACCUACUGACCUUGAUUAACCCAACCUCAAAAGGAUGUUUUAUAUUCUAAAAGUACCCUUUCGAGUUGAAUAGCUUUGGUUAAAUUAUCUAAACUCUUAAGUUUACCCACUUAAGCCAAAGUGUUCAAGAAAUGACAACUGGGU